AUGCUCAGCCUACUCAAGAAAGGUUUGGAGGCUCCUAAGCUGCCGGGGCCUUUCACGAGUCUGCAGGCACACCCGCGCCCCGGGGGCGGGGUUGGCGGCGGAAGCUCUGCCCACUCUCCCCCAGCCUUCCUGCCAGCAGCUGCUGGGCCCGGGCCUCUGCUGAGGCAGUCUCUACUCCCCGCUGGGAAAUCCCACCCGGAUUUAGGAUCCCCGCGUCUCCUCACAGAACCCGCGCCCUCUGCCCGGAUUGUGUUCAUUGAAGAACAGGCAGCUGGCAUUGGGAAAAGUGCCACAAUAGUGGUUCAUCUUCACCCAGCACCUCCUAACAAAGAACCAGGUCCUUUCCAAAGUAGUGAGAAUUCCUAUAUCAAACUCUCCUUCAAAGAACAUGGCCAGAUUGAGAGUUUACAUCAGAAAACUCACAGCUUCCCGCCCGGCGCUCCCCUGUCUCUACCUGCUCAUGAUCCAGCCAUAAGGUCCUGUAUGGUGCUGCUUGAGAGGUGGAGGCUGACAGAGGAGGCAGGAGGAGGGGAGGAGCCCGGACGCUGCUGCUCUCCCAGUGCUCCCGGCCUUGCAGCUGCGUGUGUGAGCCCGAAGGGAAGGCCUGCAGCUGGGGGACAGGCUGCGGAGGGGCCCACGCUGGUGCUGCUGGAGGACGCGGCCACCGAGAUCUCAGACUGGAUGAGAAGUUCCCUCCCAGGCAGCAGUGUGGGCUGGGCCUCCCACAAAGAGUAGGACAGCCGCUCUGCCU